GUGUCAGAGGCAGCCGCGCCGGGGCCAGAGAAGCGCCCGUCCGGGACCGACCGCAGCGGCUGCCCCCAACGCCCCUCCGCCCCGGCCCGGGCCGCGAAGCAACGCUCGCGCUUUCUCCGGCGGCGCCUGCGCGCGGUGCGCCCCGGCGGCAUGCUCCGUGCCCUGCUCCUGCUGCUGGGCGCGCUGGCCCCGGCCGGUCUGGGGCUCCCGACGCACGCAGAGCCGCAGCCCGACGGCAGCCAGUGCGUGGAGCACGACUGCUUCGCUCUGUUCCGGGGCCCCGCGACCUUUCUCGCCGCCGGCCAGACCUGCGAGCGCCUGGGGGGCCACCUGAUGACCGUGCGCUCCUCAGUGGCCGCUGAUGUCAUCUCCUUGUUGCUGAGCGACGACAGCCCACGCCUCUGGAUUGGCCUGCAGCUCCCGACCGGCUGCAGCCACCCCGGGGACCUCAGGCCCCUGCGCGGCUUCCAGUGGGUGACCGGAGACAACCGCACCAGCUACAGCAGGUGGGCGCGGCAGGACGGCGGCGGCGCGCCAGUGUGCGGCCCGUUGUGCGUCACCGUCUCGGCCGCGAGCGCCGCUGCCCCCGGCGAGCCGGCCUGGGAGGAGCUGCCGUGCGGCACUGAAGUCGACGGCUUCCUCUGCGAGUUCCCCUUCGCGGCCUCAUGCAGGCCCCUGUUGGUGGAGGCCGGCGCCGCGCCGGCCACGGCGCCGCACGUCUCCAGCACCUACAGCACGCCGUUCGGGGCCCGCGGCGCCGACUUCCAGGCGCUGCCCGUGGGCAGCUCGGCCGCCGUGGCACCGCUCGGCUUGGAGCUGACCUGUUACGCGCCGCCCGGGGCCGCCGAGGCGCGCUGGGGCCGGGAGGCCCCGGGAGCCUGGGACUGCAGCGUGGGGAACGGCGGCUGCGAGUUCGCGUGCAACGCGAGCGCUGGGGCUCCCCGUUGCUUGUGCCCGGACGGCGCCGCCCCGCAGGCCGACGGGCGCUCCUGCGCGCCCGCUGCGCCGCCCUCGUGCCACGACCUGUGUGAGCACUUCUGCGUGCGCACCUCGGACGCGUCCGGCUCCUACAUGUGCAUGUGCGAGACCGGCUACCGGGUGGCAGCCGACGGGCACCACUGCGAGGACGUGGACGACUGUGCCCUGGUGCCCAACCCGUGUCCGCAGCUCUGCGUCAACACGCAGGGUGGCUUCGAGUGCCACUGCUACCCCGGCUUCGACCUGGUGGACGGCGAGUGCGUGGAGCCCUUGGACCCGUGCUUCGGCACCAACUGCGAGUACCAAUGCCUGCCGCUGGGCCAAAACUACCGCUGCAUCUGUGCCGAGGGCUUCGCCCCGGUCCCGGACGAGCCGCACCGCUGUCAGAUGUUCUGCAACCAGACGACGUGCCCGGCCGACUGCGACCCCAACUACCCGAGCACCUGCCUGUGCCCCGAAGGCUACAUCCUCGACGAGGGCUCGCUGUGCGCCGACAUCGAUGAAUGCGACAACGGCUAUUGCCAGGACGAGUGCCGAAACCUCCCCGGCAGCUACGAGUGCAUUUGCGGGCCCGAUUCGCCCCUGGCUGGCCAGGUCAGCACUGAAUGCUACCCUACGCAGGUGAGCGACGGCGGCGACGGCGGCGACGACGGCGGCUCCGGAGAGCCUCCAGGCUCCGGGGCGCCCGGCUCCACCCCGGCUCCGCCGCCGGCCGCCGGGCCGGUGCACUCAGGCGUGGCCAUCGGCAUCUCCAUCGCCAGCCUGUCCCUGGUCGUGGCGCUCCUGGCGCUCCUGUGCCACAUGCGCAAGAAGCAGGGUUCGGGGCGCGCCGAGCUGGAGUACAAGUGCGCGUCCCCUGCCAAGGAGGUGGUCCUGCAGCAGGUGCGGACCGAGCGGACGCAGCCCAAGCCUUGAGGGGGAAGGGAGCCCCUCCCUCCGCCCCCGCGCGCGCUCCAGGCCUGCCCUUGGCGCGGCCCUGACUUCCCUCCGGAGCGCCACCCCACCGCCCCUGUCUGGCUCCCUGGGCUGGCGCCACACCUGCGGAAGAGCCUCUUCGCCCUGGCUGAGAAUCUCGCCGAUUGCUUGUGUUGAGUUGGGCGGGUUGGGGGGGUCGUGAGGAGGCGGAGCCCCAGCCUUUGCCUGGAGGUCACCGACGCCCCCCUCCCCAGCCCUGCCCAGCUGCGCUGCCUGGAGACACCCGGACUACAGGGUCCCCCAAGUCACCUACGCGGGGCGCGGGAGGGGUGAGGCAGACUGGGUGGUGACCUUCAGGGCGGACCUUGACCCCAAGGGCUAGUGAUGACCAAGAUAUUUAUUUUUGUAAAACGUAUUUGGGGCCCCUUUUUCUACCUGUGUGUUUCCAAUGCUCGCUUUUCAUCUCCCGCCUCCAUCCUUGUCCACCCCCCCCCCCUACACACACACCUUGGUGGCAGUUACACCGUCUUGGUGAACAUUCCUCUCCCAGCUCCCGGGCUCUGGGCUCUCUUACAUAUAGAAAGCCAGGUGCCCCUUUGCCCUUGACUCAUGGUCCUCGUUUCGCCUCCCAGGACGUGAAGCCAAAGCACCCCAGUCUCCCCACCUGUGCGAAAAUAGGUGGGCAGUUGCGUUUUGCUCCAGACUUGCUACUUUAUUCCAAAGUUUCAGGCCUGCAGGACAAAGCAAGGAAGGAGAAAACGUGAGAAGAAUUCGUUCCGUUAACCUUGCUGAGCUGGCCAAGAAAUGAAACCCUAGCAGGUUUUUUUAGAACUAGUGAGCCUGAGUUCUGUGAUUGUUAUCUUUGUGAUUUGGACUGAAAAAAAAAAUGGUGAUUGUUGUAAGUUUUUUUACGCCGGUUUCUUUUGUCGUUAUUAUUAGUGCUUUUCGACAGUGUUAAAAUGUUCCGAUGUGUUCUUUAGAAUGAGAGAAGAGAAGAAAAAAGCAGCUCCCCGGAGAGUUUUCAGCUGCAUGAUUCAUCCUGGUUAUCGGUUUGAGUCUCUUGUCACUUGCUGGCCAAAAUAAAACCGGUUUUGCUGGUUGUGGGGGAUUUGGAAGCCUGAGAUUGGAGCCUGGAGGAUGCCUCAUUAGGGCCCGUCCUUAAUGAGGCCCUUGGAGAAUUGCUCCUGCUUCACUGGAAUGUGGUCCCUGGACCAGAAUGGAGCUAGUUAGAGAUGCAGAGUGCUAGGCUCCACCCCUGGAAUUCCUGGUCCCUCGGCAUCGGAGCAAGGGCUGCCUGCUGGGUAAUCUGACAACUGUUGUGGCAGGCAGCUUCCAAGUUUCUGCAGCACGUUAACUGUGGGUCAGAAAUCAGUAGCAGGCCGAGUCUGGCCCUUUCUCAAGAAACUGAGGAAUUU